AUGUCCCACAGCGCAGACAAUGGUUUGGAUCCCCCUGAUGAGUCCGUGCCAGAUCCAGACAAAGAUGAUAAUGAUUCCCCUCAUCAUGACAAUGAUGGCCAGCCAGAUGAGAAGGUCACUUUGUCUGUGGCACCAAUACAGAAUGGACAAGCAAUCCGACCGAACUACCUCAGCAAUGGGACUACAACCGCACCAAUGACCAGUGAUACUAUGAACAGUCUCCCUUCUCCCACUGCAGCUACCACCAUUAGAAAUGCUACUCCCAGCCCCACUGUUACAAACAUGAACAUAGCUUCAAGCCCGACCCCUGGCUUUAGCAAGAAUGGUAAAGUCUCCCCACUGACACCGGGCAAAGCAUCGUCUUCGCGUAGCGGAUCGCAACAGCGUAAAUCUGCCUGGGAUAGGGCGCAGGAACGAUACGAGGCCUCACAGAAUGAUUCCAAGGCUAAAGUGGACCAAAAGGAAGAGCCCGGAAUUGAAGAAUCUGUGUCCAUCCAAGGUGCAGACUGCGGUGGUCUCAGCCUGAAGUUUUUGCACAACCUCUUCUGCUCGAAGCGCUUCACUCCAGCUCUGGAGGACUUGUAUCAGCGCUAUUUCUUCAAGCUUGACAAGAACAACCUCACCUUUUUACUCAUGAUUCUCGCCUUCGUCUGUCUCUUGCUCAUCCUUUUCUAUUACGCAGGUGGCAUGACCAGUUUUGUUCCGGGCCUCAUUCUCUCAAUCAUAGUUACAUGUCUGUUGACAAAAAUGUUACUGUGCAAUAGAGGUUGUUUCAAACAAAUCCACAUGUUUUUUAUGUGCCUUGGUGUUCUUCUCAUUUUAUGUGUUGUGCUCGCAAUUUGUAACAGUCUUAUAUUUUUAGCAGUCAUUAUCACUGGUAUCUUCAUUCGUUAUCCUUGCGAAGCAUCCCAACGAAAAGCUUUUCUUGAAACACAACGCUGGAUCAAAAUGCGACUAAACACCCAAAGAGAAAACCAACAGCAGGAGAGCCUUCUUUUAUCGGUUUUACCACAACAUAUUGCAAUGGAAAUGAAAUCAGAUAUUGCUGGCAAACCCAAAGACAGCAUGUUUCAUAAGAUUUAUCUGAAACGAUAUGACAGUGUCAGCAUACUGUUUGCAGACAUUUGUGGCUUCACUGCCCUCUCCUCAGAAUGCACAGCCAAAGAAUUAGUUGAACUCCUCAAUGAACUGUUUGCCAGACUUGUCCGUGAGGUCACCCUGACCAAUGUAGAUAUGCGUGUUGGUAUACAUAGUGGCCGAGUGCACUGUGGAGUCCUGGGACUUCGCAAAUGGCAGUUUGAUGUAUGGUCCAAUGAUGUCACUCUUGCUAAUGCAAUGGAAGCAGGAGGCAAACCAGGGUAA